AGAUAAAAUGGAUUAAAGAAGUGCAUUAGAUGGUGUGUAAAAAUGAAAGUGGACAAAAACUGGGGGACGAAGGGAGUAAGUUUUUUCUUCAAUCUUCACAAAAAAGGGUUUCCAAUUUCAAUUCGAACACUCAUUGCUGGAGAUGGCUUCCAUCACAACACCCUUACCCAAAUGCAGGAUUCUUUUUGCCACCACCCAAAUUGCAUCACUUAAUAACCCUAAAAUCUCGUUUCUGCAACCACCCAUUUCCAGAAACAGUCAAAAAUCAAAUCUUUCCUUGAGAAGAUCAAAGGCGGCGGUGGUGGUUUCUGCAACAGCUGCCGCUGAGAAGCCGAAGAAAAGGUACCCCGGGGAGGCGAAGGGGUUUGUGGAGGAGAUGAGAUUUGUGGCCAUGAAGCACCAUACGAGGGACCAGGCAAAGGAAGGGGAAAAGGAGCCUGAAGGUCAGCCUGUGGCUAAAUGGGAGCCAAGUGUUGAAGGGUACUUGAAGUUCUUGGUGGACAGCAAAUUGGUUUAUGAUACUCUUGAGAAGAUUGUAGGGAAAGUUCCUUUUCCUGAUUAUGCUGAGUUUAGAAAUACUGGGUUGGAAAGGUCGGAGAGUUUGGAAAAAGAUCUUGAAUGGUUUAAGCAGCAAGGUCAUGCCAUCCCAGAGCCAUCUGAACCUGGUCUCAACUAUGCCCGGUAUCUUGAAGAGCUAUCGGAAGACGACCCUCAAGCCUUCCUUUGCCACUUCUACAACAUAUAUUUUGCACAUACAGCCGGGGGCCGCAUGAUUGGGAAGAAGGUACGAGACUUUUCAAGCGUGCUUCAAUUUUAUUUCCAUGUGUCACAAUAUUUUUUUUGAUCUUAUGAGAUGCCUUGGUGCACCAGUAGAGAGGUCUACUUGUCACCUGGUUUUAGAAGAAAAGUUUACUACACCAAAAUUCAAGGGAUCCCAAAUCACUUGAAUUGAAAUUCACCCAAACUUCCCCGAAUACUAUUGACCCAAAACCUAUCUUGACCCAAAGUUGACCCAACCCAAACCAAAUGACCCCAUUGCCUAGUCUACCGUGUUUGCGUUGCUGCAUUGUUAGUCCAUCAUAAAUUAGUGGACAUUUU